UGUAAAUUUAUGUCUUUUUAGGAAAUGUUGAGCCAACAAAGAAGGCGCAGUUGGAAAAUGGAGUUAUUAGUAAUGAAGUAGCAGGCAUAUUUGGAAAAUUAUGCCGAUAAGCAGGCGGGAAUUUGGGAAAAAAUGUGAUAAAUCGAGUGGCUCAUUUACGAUGUGCUCCAAAUAAUUGGCGAACUUUUUUUCGCCUUUUCAACGUGCUAAGUAACAAGUUAAGAUGACUUCCAUCACGGGCGGUAAGAAACCGCAAGCAAAGAGCAGACAACCUUCCAGGAAGCUGCCUCCUGUCCCCGAGUCGAAGCUGAAGUUCACCAAGAAGCAGGUCAGCAAACUGCUACCCUGAUCAAACGUAAACUAAAGCGCUCUGCUGUGAUUGCACUCCUUAAACGAGAAAACUUGGGGCAUGCUGAGAAAUAUCAAACAAGAAACUCCGUGAUGGACGCCGUGAGAUGAAGUUGCGCUGUGUGGCAAAGAAACGCGGCCAAUUCUACGGCCCUGAAAAAUCCAAAUUGGCUUUUGUGAUCCGUAUCCGCGGUAUCAACAAAGUUGCACCAAAAGUGCGUAACGUUUUACUGUUGUUCCGUUUUCGCCACAUUAACCACGGUUUGUUCAUCAAAUUGAACAAGGCAACCAUUAAUAUGCUACGUAUGCCGAACCCUAUAUGGGGUUAUCCAAAUAUCAAAUCAGUUCGAGAAUUGAUGUACAAACGUGGAAUUGUUAAGCACAACCAUCAACGUGUCCCAAUCUCUGACAGCUUUGUGCUCGAACGCAAAUUUCGCAAAGCGCACGAAAUAUUCACUGUUGGAAUCCACUGCAAGAAAGCCUCCAACUUCCUGUUGCAAUUCAAGCUCAACACAUCAACCCGAGGCUGGCGCAAGAAGGCUAAUUACUACGUUAAGGUUGGUGAUUUCAGUAGCCGUGAGGAUAAGAUCAACAAAUUGCUGCGCAAGAUGGCUUAAAGAAAUUGUUCCCAAGCAAAAAAAAGAAAACUAAAAAAUUCCUGAAGUUGCCUUUACACGGGUCGAUUUCUGUCGAUUGGAAAAUUGACUAAGAUAUCGACUAGCCAAAAUGGUUACAUUUUACGGUUGAAUUGCAAUUUACACGGGUAAAAAUCAACCGUGUAAAGGCAACUUAAAUAACGUUCAAAUUAAUCAUCACCUUUGAGAUGGAAAAUACCAAUAACCAUUUCAUAAUUUCGAAAAUUAUUCCGUUUGUAUUUGUUCUUGUUCCACACCACCUGUGAGGUAUGCUUUUAUUCGCGUUACCGAUUUUUUUAAGGGGCUCGGUUCCUCAGGAGGCCUAUUAUCACCUUUACAACUUAACUUAAGAAGAAUUAAAACUAAAGCAUGUAUAUAAAGAAAAUUAAAAAUUGUCUUAUAUCUAGUAAACAU